AUGUAUUCCGUGUUUCAGUGGGAAUGUGUUCGGAUGGGCAUCGGUUUGGUUUUUUACCAUUCUUGUAAAUAAAGUAUAUUUAAUUGACGGAGUCUCUUAAUAUCUUUGUGUUCUUUCUUUAUUCUGCUGGAAGUAAUCGUGUAUCUGCUAACAGCUUCCUGCAGUGGAGCACCGGUGUGUCAGAACAACAGAGUUAACCAUGAAUGUAAACCAAGGCACAGUCGGGAGUGACCCAGUGAUCCUGGCCACUGCUGGGUAUGACCACACUGUGAGGUUCUGGCAGGCACACAGUGGGAUCUGCACCAGAACAGUACAGCACCAAGACUCUCAGGUGAAUUCUCUAGAAGUAACACCUGAUAGGAGCAUGAUUGCAGCAGCUGGUUAUCAGCAUAUACGCAUGUAUGACCUCAACUCAAACAAUCCAAACCCUGUAAUUAAUUACGACGGCGUCAGCAAAAACAUCACAUCAGUCGGCUUCCACGAGGAUGGCAGAUGGAUGUACACUGGAGGAGAAGACUGCAUGGCACGCAUCUGGGAUCUAAGGUCAAGAAAUUUACAGUGUCAAAGGAUCUUUCAGGUCAACGCACCUAUUAACUGUGUGUGCCUUCAUCCCAAUCAAGCUGAAUUAUUUGUUGGAGAUCAAAGUGGUGUGAUCCAUGUCUGGGAUCUUAAAACAGACCAUAAUGAGCAGCUCAUCCCAGAGCCAGAGGUGUCCGUCAACUCUGUGCACAUUGACCCUGAUGCUAGCUACAUGGCAGCUGUCAAUAGCUCUGGCAACUGCUAUGUGUGGAACUUAGCUGGAGGAAUCAGCGAUGAAGUGACACAGCUUAUUCCCAAAACCAAAAUCCCUGCUCACAAGCGUUACUCUUUGCGCUGUAAAUUUAGUCCUGACUCCACAUUGCUGGCUACCUGCUCUGCAGACCAGACCUGUAAGAUCUGGAGGACUUCAAACUUCUCACUGAUGACAGAGCUGAGCAUUAAGAGUAACAACCCUGGAGAGACGUCUCGUGGCUGGAUGUGGGACUGUGCCUUCUCUGGAGACUCGCAGUACAUUGUCACAGCCUCUUCAGAUAAUUUGGCACGUCUGUGGUGUGUAGAGACGGGGGAAAUCAAGCGUGAAUACAGUGGGCAUCAAAAGGCUGUGGUGUGUCUGGCCUUCAAUGACAGUGUGCUUGGUUAAAUCAGAACCAGUCUAAACCCAUUGAGCAGGACUGUUUACUGUCACAAACACAGUUUACACCCUAGAGUACUACUUCAGGACAUAUAAGUUUUAAACUGUAAGUGACAGAAAUGGGAAAUGUUAUUUUGAUUGUUAUUGAAGUUUCAUUGUUUGUGUAUAACUACACCGCUUAUGGAAAAAUGAGAGCAUUAAUCAGUCCGCAGCAACAUCAAAGAACAUGCGAGAUUGCAGUAUGGGUUUGUGAUUUUCAUUCAGCAGGCAUCCUGCUAAAUAAACUGAAUCAAUUACUAAGUUAGAAAUACACAGCAGUAUCAGGAUACAUAGCAAAGUACUUCACUGUGCAAGUUUAGCACCACCUUUAAAGAGCUGUAGAUAAUUAAAACAGGAAAAGGGAGUUUAAAAAAUAGCAAUUGUGAGUGUAUAAACAACAUACAACUCAACCGCCAAAUAUGCAUUUGUGACAUGUAUACCAUUUGAUGCUGAACUAAUAUUAUCUUCAGACGUUUGUCAUAUAAGUUAUUAAACAGCAUUCCACAAGGA